AUCUUGCUCCCCGAGCAUCAUCAUCAUCAUCAUCAUCAUCACUUCGGGACAUCCACGCUCAUGUGUUCCUGCGCGGGAAAAGACACGGCAGAUGUCCACGGGAUGACCACAUCGAUUACCGCCUCCGUUAUCGAUUAGUAUCGGGAGUGUUAUCGACAAGACUCGGGCUUUCCCACAUCGACAUGGUAUCGUCCCGGCAGUGAUUGCGUGCAGGUGCGCGUCCAGGCCGACUGAGACCCCGAGACCCUGAGACCCUGAGACAGCAAACAUGUCCUUCUGGGAGCGACGUUGACGUGCAGGACUUUGUGAGUCUUCUCUGAAGACAACUUCCAGCAUUAAGACAUACUUUCGAUGUGUGGAAGACAAGGACGCCCUCUUUAAUCCCGCCAUGGUUUUUUGAAGUCACUGCACGGGGAUUUUUAUUUUUAUUUUUUUUUGGAAAGUGUCGCGCAGGACUGGUUUGGGGGAAAAAUGAAAGCAUCGAUUCCUUUUCUGAUCGUACUUCACGCAAUUGUGGUCCAUUGCCUGAAAGUGGUGUCAAAGAGAGGCUCGGUGGAAGGAUGCACUGAUUGGUCGGUGGACUAUCUGAAGUACAAGGUGCUCCUGGGCGAACCCGUUCGGAUUAAGUGCGCUUUAUUCUACGGAUACAUCCGGGCCAACUACACGCACGCUCAGAGCUCAGGGCUCAGCCUGAUGUGGUACAAAAGUGCGGGACAUGGGGACUUUGAAGAGCCCAUCAGUUUUGAUGGCACACGUAUGAGCAAGGAGGAGGACGCCAUCUGGUUCCGGCCGGCUGAGAUGGAGGACGUGGGCUACUAUUCCUGCGUGUUGAGGAACUCCACCUACUGCAUGAAGGUCUCCAUGUCCCUCACCGUGGCAGAAAACGACACAGACCUCUGCUACAACGCCAAGAUGAGGUUCUUUGAGAAGGCGGAGCUGAGCAAAAGCAAGGACAUCACCUGCACUGGCAUCGAAGACUACACCCAGUCAGGAGUGGAGCCUCAGAUCAAGUGGUACAAGGAGUGCAAUCCAAAGCAGUGGAGACAGACGAUCGAGAGGCGGAGCGACAUCCUCUCCAUCAAGGAAGUGCGGGAAGAUGACAUUGGGAAUUACACCUGCGAGUUGCAGUUUGGAAACUUUGUGGUGCGGAGGACCACGGAGCUGUCGGUCACAGCUCCUCUGACAGACCAGCCACCCAAAAUCCUCUCCCCGUCCGAGAGCCAGACGAGCAUCAUUGAGAUGGCACCAGGGAGCCCGGCCAACCUGACCUGCAGAGCCUUCUUCGGCUACGCCGGCGACGUCAGCCCGCUCAUCUACUGGAUGAAGGGGGACAAGUUCAUCGAGGAUCUGGACGAGGAGCGGGUGCAGGAGAGCGACAUUAAGACAAUCCGUGAGCACCUGGGGGAGCAAGAGGUCUCCAUCUCGCUCACCGUUGAGUCCCUGGAGGAGAGCGACCUGGGCAACUACACCUGCUACGUGGAGAACGGCAAUGGUCGGCGGCAUGCCAAUAUCCAACUUGUCAAGAAAGCCGAGCUGAUGUACACAGUGGAGCUGGCGGGCGGUCUGGGUGCCAUCCUCAUGCUGCUCAUCUGCCUGGUCACGCUCUACAAGUGCUACAGGAUCCAGUUCAUGCUCUUCUACAGGACCCACUUCGGCAGCGAGGACUUAGACGGAGAUAACAAAGACUACGACGCCUACCUUUCCUACACAAAAGUGGACCCCGACCAGUGGAGUCAGGAGACCCGCGAGGAGGAACGCUUUGCUCUGGAGAUCCUGCCUGACGUGCUGGAGAAGCAUUAUGGGUAUAAACUCUUCAUUCCAGACAGGGACUUGAUCCCCACAGGAAGUUUCACCAGUGAUCAUUUCCAGGAUGACACCAGACUACUUAGAGCUUACAUCGAGGACGUUGCACGCUGCGUGGACCAGAGCAAGCGGCUCAUCAUCGUGCUGACGCCCAGCUACGUGGUGCGGAGGGGGUGGAGCAUCUUUGAGCUGGAGACGCGUCUGCGCAACAUGCUGGUGACGGGCGAGAUCAAGGUCAUCCUCAUCGAGUGUGCCGAGUUGCGCGGCAUCAUGAACUACCAGGAAGUGGAGGCCCUCAAACACACCAUCAAAAUGCUGACGGUCAUCAAGUGGCGCGGGCCGGCCAGCAACAAGCUGGACUCCACGUUCUGGAAGCGGCUGCUGUACGAGAUGCCGUUCAAGCGCACCGAGCCCCUGAGCAUCUCCCACGAGCAAGCGCUGGAUGUCAGCGAGCAGGGCCCCUUUGGCGAGCUCCAGGCGGUGUCGGCCAUCUCCAUGGCGGCGGCCACCUCCACCGCCAUGGCGACGGCACACCCGGACUUGCGCUCCACCAUCCACAACUCGUACCACACCCAGAUGAGGCAGAAACACUACUACCGCACUUACGACUACGAGCUGGCCCCGGGGGCCACCGUGCCGCACCUGUCCUCCGGCAGAACCCAGCACACGUACUGCAACAUCCCCAUGACGCUCCUGAACGGACAGCGCCCGCAGUCCAAGUCCCCGCGGCAGCACAGUUUGGAGGAAGGCCACGGCAACAACGCCAUGCUGCCGCUGUUGCCGCGGGAGACCAGCAUAUCUAGCGUCAUCUGGUGACCGAGCGCGGCUCUUGUCGUGUCUUAUCGAAGCGGAAAAAAGGAAUGAGAAGCUGCUCCACGCCUGUAAAAAAAAAAAAUAAGCCAACGCCGGCGAACAUGGCUGGGAAAGUGCCGGAAUACAGGGUCCUGUACAUAAUUCUUUGUAGCAUUUCUUUUUGUCGAUAUCAUUUGGGACUGGGGUUUGUGAAGCAGCGUGUGUGUGCCGAACAGGACACAAACUCAGGAGUCACGGCCGGGAAACACGGUGCUAGGCUACCAUGGCUCUUUCUACGGCGAUGACAUGGACUCCUCGCUCACCUUGACAAACCAUUCUAUCGGCGAAAAAAGCGGACGUGUAUUAUUUUAUGAAAAGAGUCUAUUUUUGUAACAGAGGGUUAUUCGCGGGUGACGUUAGCAGCGGAGGUCGAGUGAUGAAAUCACGGUUUGUCUUACGUAGCCAGGUGGCCGAUACGGUGUUGAUGUGCAAAAGUCUGAGGACACCUUUAGAUUUGUUACACCUGUUAGCAGUAGUCAAUCAAUCAAUCAAUGUUUACUUAUAUAGCCCUAAAUCACUAGUGUCUCAAAGGGCUACACAAACCACUACGACAUCCUCGGUAGGCCCACAUAAGGGCAAGGAAAACUCACACCCAGUGGGACGUCGGUGACAAUGAUGACUAUGAGAACCUUGGAGAGGAGGAAAGCAAUGGAUGUCGAGCGGGUCUAACAUGAUACUGUGAAAGUUCAAUCCAUAAUGGAUCCACACAGUCGCGAGAGUCCAGUCCAAAGCGGAUCCGACACAGCAGCGAGAGUCCCGUUCACAGCGGAGCCAGCAGGAAACCAUCCCAAGCGGAGGCGGAUCAGCAGCGCAGAGAUGUCCCCAGCCGAUACACAGGCGAGCAGUACAUGGCCACCGGAUCGGACCGGACCCCCUCCACAAGGGAGAGUGGGACAUAGGAGAAAAAGAAAAGAAACGGCAGAUCAACUGGUCUAAAAAGGGAGUCUAUUUAAAGGCUAGAGUAUACAAAUGAGUUUUAAGGUGAGACUUAAAUGCUUCUACUGAGGUAGCAUCUCGAACUGUUACCGGGAGGGCAUUCCAGAGUACUGGAGCCCGAAAUGAAAACGCUCUAUAGCCCGCAGACUUUUUUUGGGGUUUGGGAAUCACUAAUAAGCUGGAGUCCUUUGAACGCAGAUUUCUUGACGGGACAUAUGGUACAAUACAAUCGGCAAGAUAGGAUGGAGCUAGACCGUGUAGUAUUUUAUACGUAAGUAGUAAAACCUUAAAGUCACAUCUUAAGUGCACAGGAAGCCAGUGCAGGUGAGCGUAGUGUUGUUAUUUAGCAGGGGUCUAUGGAGGACAGCAACUUCUGGGACUCAUACGGAAAAAAAUCAAUCCAAUGGAGUCUUUAAUAGACCGAAUCGGUUUGGAUAUCACUUUGAUACAUUCUGUAAGGCUGCAACAAUUUAACCCAGACUCUUAGUUCGCGGAGCUCCACACAAGGGUCUGGGCUUGAAGGCAUUGUAAAGUCAUUCAAGAUAGCAAAAAAUAAUGAACCAAUCAGGAUCGCCGAUGUGACGUAGGGCCGAAGCGACUGUUUGAUUCAAACAACGAUGGUGGCACGCGGCGAGUUGUCAUUGAUUCUACAAAUCCAUACAUUAUCCGCGCCGUUUUAUAAGCCGGGGGGUCCAAAGCGUAGGGAAAAAAGUAGCGGAUUAUAGUCCAAAAAAAUGGGGUAACUAUUUAUGAUACUUAUAUUAAAUACACGGCUUCACGGUGGCAGAGGGGUUAGUGCGUCUGCCUCACAAUACAAAAGUCCUGCAGUCCUGGGUUCAAAUCCAGGCUGAGGGUCUUUCUGUGUGGAGUUUGCAUGUUCUCCCCGUGAAUGCGUGGGUUCCCUCCUGGUACUCCGGCUUCCUCCCACCUCCAAAGACAUGCACCUGGGGAUAGGCCCCUCCCACCUCCAAAGACAUGCACCUGGGGAUAGGCCCCUCCCACCUCCAAAGACAUGCACCUGGGGAUAGGUUGAUUGGCAACACUAAAUGGUCCCUAGUGUGUGAAUGUGAGUGUGAAUGUUGUCUGUCUAUCUGUGUUGGCCCUGUGAUGAGGUGGCGACUUGUCCAGGGUGUACCCCGCCUUCCGCCCGAUUGUAGCUGAGAUAGGCGCCAGCGCCCCCCGAAACCCCAAAGGGAAUAAGCGGUAGAAAAUGGAUGGGGAUGGGCUUCACGGUGGCAGAGGGGUUAGUGGGUCUGCCUCACAAUACGAAGGUCCUGCAGUCCUGGGUUCAAUUCCAGGCUGAGGGCUUUCUUUCUGUGUGGAGUUUGCAUGUUCUCCCCGUGAAUGCGUGGGUUCCCUCCGGGUACUCCGGCUCCCUACCACCUCCAAAGACAUGCACCUGGAGAAUAAAUAAAUCGCCUUUUUAGCAAGUCACGUGACAAAAUGAAGAAAACCUAGAACCUAGACCUGAAAUGAAAGUCAAUUUUAACAAGUCAGGUGAUUGGUUGAUAGGUUGAUUGGCAACACUAAAUGGUCCCUAGUGUGUGAAUGUGAGUGUGAAUGUUGUCUGUCUAUCUGUGUUGGCCCUGUGAUGAGGUGGCGACUUGUCCAGGGUGUACCCCGCCUUCCGCCCGAUUGUAGCCGAGAUAGGCUCCAGCACCCCGAAAGAGAAUAAGCGGUAGAAAAUGGAUGGAUGUAUAUUAAAUCCACGUCUUCUUAGAUUUUCAGUCCGUUUUGAUAUCAACACCCAUCUGUAAUCCUACCUGCAGUAUCGAGCGUGUCUACUAUUGUUGGUUGUAAAGAUCAAUCAAUCAAUCAAUGUUUACUUAUAUAGCCCUAAAUCACUAGUGUCUCAAAGGGCUGCACAAACCACUACGACAUCCUCGGUAGGCCCACAUAAGGGCAAGGAAAACUCACACCCAGUGGGACGUCGGUGACAAUGAUGACUAUGAGAACCUUGGAGAGGAGGAAAGCAAUGGAUGUCGAGCGGGUCUAACAUGACACUGUGAAAGUUCAAUCCAUAACGGAUCCAACACAGUCGCGAGAGUCCAGUCCAAACCGGAUCCAACACAGCAGCGAGAGUCCCGUUCACAGCGGAGCCAGCAGGAAACCAUCCCAAGUGGAGGCGGAUCAGCAGCGCAGAGAUGUCCCCAGCCGAUACACAGGCAAGCAGUACAUGGCCACCGGAUCGGACCGGACCCCCUCCACAAGGGAGAGUGGGACAUAGGAGAAAAAGAAAAGAAACGGCAGAUCAACUGGUCUAAAAAGGGAGUCGGAGCGAAUUUUAGCGAUAUUAGGGAGAUGCAAGAAGGCCGUUUUAGUAACGCUUUUAAUGUGUGCCUCAAAGGAGAGAGUUGGGUCGAGGAUAAUACCCAGAUUCUUUACCGAGUCGCCUUGUUUAAUUGUUUGGUUGUCAAAUGUUAGAGUUGUAUUAUUAAAUAGAGUUCGGUGUCUAGCAGGACCGAUAAUCAGCAUUUCCGUUUUUUAUGAUGUUGUCCUGAGACUUUUGCACUCUACUGUAUUUUGUUGUAUCUUACAACUACUACUAAUAAUCACAAUGAUAACAGGGGCCAGUUGUGACACUGUUAGCGCACCGCUGGUAGCACCUUGGAAGGGUUGGCAGCACCUGGAUGCAAGUACGUUGAUGAUGGGUUGGGAGGAAAGCGCGUCCCGGUUCCUGCUGUCGGACUGGGGCUAAACCAGCACUCCCUCCUAGAGGCCAGCUCCGUAGAAGCCCAGCACCGACUUGUCUCGCCAGCAGGACACAGGCCAGUUACACAAUAGGGCUUUGACCUUUGAACUCAGGACCAUGUUAUGUGUUGUUGUGAGUUUACCGUGCGAAAAAAAGCCGGACUCGGUGGCGUCACGGCUCCCUCCGGCACCGACGGGAUCAAUCGCUAUCUACUUCAUCAUGACAGGGUUGAGGUCAGGGCUCUCAGCUUCUUCCACAUCCAGCUCAGAAUAAUAACGAUCAGGACACUUGAGUCACCGGGCGCCUGCAAGUUCCUACAUUGAGUCCAACGCCGUUUGGAACAGUCGGUGACAUGUCGGCUGCUCUUCUUUUUUUUUUGGAUUAAGUUCUCGGUCGCGGGGGCGAGGAAGUAAGUGAGGGAGUUAACGCCGACCAGUACCCGCCAGUCAGGUUCGGUUGAACAAAAAAAUGGUCUACAGCAGUGGUUCUCAAACUUUUCUCACCAAGUAUCGCCUCAGAAAACACUUGGAUCUCCAAUAAACUACGCCCACUGCUCCCCGUAUCUCCCUGGGGGGCGAUCAAGGGUGAUGGGUCAGAUGCAGAGAAUCAAUUCGCCACACUUAGUGUGUGUGUGACAAUCAUUAAUACGUAAAUUUUAACUUUAAACACCCUGAUGACCAUUAAUAAAAUACAGUAGCGUAGUAGGGCUAAGUAUUCAUUAAAAACAAGGCGGGGUUUUAUUAAAAAGGUAUAUUUACCGUAUUUCCUUGAAUUGCCGCCGGGGCGUUAAUUAAUUUAAAACCUCUUCUCACUCCGGCGUUUACCAAAGGCAUGCGGUAAAUUUAGGCCUGCGCUUAUAAAUUUGAGUGUGAUGUAAGGAUACCAUCAUUAAAAGCACAUUUGUUAAAAAAAACGUUGUUAUGGUCUUACCUUUACUUAUAAAUGAAGUCCAUGCGCAGCUCCUUCUGAUCAAAAGCAUCGAUAACUUGUUUAUAGAAGUCUUCCUUAUCUUUCUUCAGUUUUAAAUGAAUUGAUUAACGUGGACCCCGACUUAAACAAGUUGAAAAACUUAUUCGGGUGUUACCCUUUAGUGGUGAAUUGUACGGAAUAUGUACUGAAAUGUGCAAUCUACUAAUAAAAGUAUCAAUCAAUCAAUCAAUCAAUCAAUCAAUCAAACUCUUUGUCUAAAUGGAGAUCUUCCUUUAUUACCUCCUGCUUCGAUUGAAAGUCCAGUUUAGAAAAGUGUUUUAUUUUAGAUAUGUAAUCCUCCAUGUUAAAAGUGCAAGCGAGAGGAAAAAAUAAACGAUUGCUGCUUGUUGUCACUUCUUCUGCAGCCGAGUAGUCGCAAGAAGGAUCACUAGCGCCCUCUACCACCCGGAGGCGGGAGUCAUUUAAUGACUCAUAUUUGACACACGCAGCUACGGUAUAUUAAUAAAACAUAGCUGCUUACUGUUCCUUUUAGCAUAUUCAAUAGCUCGGACCUUAAAUCCUACUGAAUAGCUCUUAAUCUUCUUCCCUUUAUGCGAUUUCAAAUGAUUGAAAUCAGCCUCCUCCAUUUUGAAAGUGAUGACAGGUGAAGUGUCACUCGUGACGUGACGAGUUUGACCCUGUGGAAAUUCUAGGCAUAUGCUAAAUAUUUGGCGAAAGGAGUGUGACCCGGCGGAAAGUCUAGACAUGCGCUAAAAAAACUGAUAUUUUGCGAAACGAGUUUGACCCGGCGUUAAUCCUGAGCCGGCGCUAAUGCUAAGCAUGCGAUAAUUAUUUUGCGAAACGAGUUUGACCCGGCAGUAAUUCUAGGCAGGCACAUACUAUAAUUCAAGGAGAUACGGUAAUAUUUUUGCAAAGUAACAGUGUUUGAAUACAGGAAAACACAACACUAAUCAAGUUAUUGUUCGGCGUACCGCAGUUUGAGAAUCACUGGUCUGGACUGGCAAACACUGAGCUAUUAAGAUAUGAUAUUUCCAUCCUCUCGAACACAGACAGGACACGUCCUCACAGCCAUGUGGGGGCGCCGUUUGGACACUUUUUUUUUUCCCCUCUCCCAACAGUGCUGCUAGUUUUUAUGAAGGUAAAACGGAAUUAUGAACUAUACCUUACACAAGUGAUGUUUCAAACGAUACGGACAAGGAGUGAUACUGUGUAUUUCGAUACCUCGAUGUGUGUGUCACUUUAAAAGAAGAAGAAAAAAACAGCACCUGACCGAUACAGCUGCUAUGUCAUUUGACCUGUUUUUUAUCAGAGGGCGCGUGUGGUGUGCUGCUUUUCACGUCGGUUUACAUGACAGAGUUGGAAAAAAACGAAAAAUUCCAAGGUGUGGGAUUGUUUUGGAUUUGAUAUCGCCAAAUAAGGUAACGUUUCCUGUUUACUGUUUGGCUCAUUUCACAUUCCUUCCUGCACAGAUAUUUGCUCUCACAAAAACAA